AAGAAGAAACAGCUCCGCCAGAAGCUGCUUAGUGGAUCCAGCACACAUAGGUAGUGGUCGGCGGUAUCUGACUCAGGACCCGUAAACCGGAUAAAAACAUGAAGAACGAAGGCAUAGAGGGCACUGAGAGGUUCCUGAGCCCGGGUAAAGGCCGCGGCCUGCGGGCUGUGCGGCACUUCUCCGUGGGGGAGCUGGUUUUCGCCUGCCCUGCCUACUCCUACGUGUUGACAGUGAAUGAGAGGGGAGCACACUGUGAGCACUGCUUCACCAGGAGAGAUGACCUUUUUAAAUGUGGUAAAUGUAAGCAAGCGUACUACUGCAAUGUCGACUGUCAGAGAGGUGAUUGGUCCAUGCAUAAGCCAGAGUGUUUAGCCAUGUGUGCCUACGGGGAGAACUGGUGUCCAUCAGAGACUGUCAGACUGGUGGCCAGAAUCAUUAUGAAACAGAAAGUCACAACGGAGCGGACUCCUUCAGAAAGACUUCUUCUGCUAAGAGAGUUUGAAGCCCAUUUAGAUAAAAUGGACAGUGAGAAAGAUGAGCUGAACCAGGCAGAUCUUGCAGCACUGCACCACUUCUACUCCAAACACAUCAGUAACAUCCCUGAUGAACAGUCUCUCACUGAGCUAUUUGCACAGGUUAACUGUAAUGGUUUUACCAUAGAGGAUGAGGAGCUCUCUCAUCUGGGAUCAGCUGUUUUUCCUGAUGUAGCGUUAAUGAAUCACAGCUGUAACCCUAAUGUCAUAGUCACCUAUAAAGGCACCGUAGCCGAAGUCAGAGCUGUUCAGGAAAUAAACCCUGGAGAUGAGAUUUUUGACAGUUACAUAGACCUGCUCUAUCCAACAGAAGACAGGAAAGAGAGGUUGUUAGAUUCCUACUUCUUUACAUGCCAGUGUACUGAGUGCACCACCAAGUCUAAGGACAAAGCUAAGAUGGAGAUCAGAAAACUGAGCUCUCCACCUGAGCCGGGAGAAAUUCAAUCCAUGGUCCGUUACGCAAAGAAUGUUAUCGAGGAGUUCAGAAGAGCUAAACAUUACAAGACUCCCAGUGAGCUGCUGGAGAUGUGUGAGCUCAGCCAGGAGAAGAUGGGGGCUAUAUUUGCAGACACCAACGUCUACAUGCUGCACAUGAUGUAUCAGGCUAUGGGUGUGUGCCUCUACAUGCAGGACUGGGAUGGAGCUAUGAGUUACGGGGAGAAGAUUAUUCAGCCAUAUAGUGUACACUACCCAGCCUACUCCCUGAAUGUGGCGUCUAUGUAUCUCAAACUGGGCCGUCUGUAUUUGGGGCUGGAGAGGAAAACGCAAGGAGUGAAAGCUCUGAAGAAGGCACUGGCCAUCAUGGAGGUGACCCAUGGCAAAGAUCACCACUAUGUGGCAGAGGUCAAACGUGAAAUCGAGGAUCAGAAGUAAAGGAGAUGGAGCAUCAAAAUAAGAGAGGGACGGGCUCCGGGAUGACCCACGAUGAAAGCAGCAGCAACAAUGAAAAAUACACAUUACACACAACUGCAUGGCAUGCAUCUUAUACCUCUCUGUUUUUAACUUACCUCACUCACUCUGUUUUUCUGCCUCUCCUCCGACUGGAUUUAUUUUAACUUCAGAUGACUUUCUGUCCUACACCUCUGAUCUAUAUCCUGUUAGACCUGGAUUUAAAAGCAGGCACCCCAGUGUUCAAAUGUUCGAAAUGAAAAAAAAAACAAAACAAAACACAUCUAUACCUAAAGAGGCUGCAUUUCUUCCAUAGCAUGGCAUCCUCAUAUUUGGUUUGUAUUGUUCAAAUUUAAUUUAAAAAAUUUCUGCAUCUCUGUACUAAAACAGUUACUCAAGAAGGAUCACAUCUGAGUGGAAAAACAGCUAAAGUUUCUGUGAUACUGCCUUUUGGAAGAAACAGCUUUCAUGGGACAGAUUUGUGAGACCAUUUUCUGAUUCUGAGCUGAAUUUUUAUGCAGUUUUUGCUUCUAUUUGUAAGUCUGUGGUUUUGACGGGACCCACUGACAGGCCAUUUUACUUUUCACUGGCAGCAUUUUCCACUGGAAAGCCUUACUCCAAUGCGGUUGUUGUAAAACUCUACACAAACUGCUUAUGGGGGGCAUUACGACACUUUUCUUAUCCAGUGCAUUUUAAUUCUGUCUCUCAGUUUCUGGCUUUACUGAUUCAUUCUUGUUUAAACUGUGAAAAAAAGAUGACUGACCAUGCAUCAGGUGCUCUGUAGCAACUUAGCAGAGAAUGCAAAGAGCAAAUUCCAUAAUGAAUAAGCAGUGGUUUGAUUGGCUUGUCUUACAGUACUUUUUGCUUGUUUAACAAAAAAAAAUAACAGAAAAAGUGUUGCAUGUUUUAUUGUUUGUAUUGUGUCUUUUGUUUGUUUUUGAGUUAUUGUUAAGCAUUUGACCAAAAUGGCCACGGGUUAACUGACAAGGAACCAGCUGUAAAUCAUUUACAAUUUAACCUUAUACAGGGGUGCUGAGCUGAGAUCAGUUUGCCUCUUGAGCUGAAGAGUUGUAUGAUGAUCUGACUAUUGACUGUCUGUCAGAGCCCCUCUGCUCUCAGGAAAUUAAAAAACACCAAAGGCAGCCCUGUAGCUUUUGUUGCCUUUGUCAAAAGAUACAGUAAUGUCCUUUUUUUAUUGUAUUUUCAGACUCAUGAGUGCAGAUAUUCAUCACACUGGGAGUGGAUUAUUAGUCACCGUAAUGGCACAGAGAUUCAUUGAUGGUGUGAUGGGCAGAAAAGAUCUUAAUUCUGUAUUAAACUGAUUAAAAAUGGAAUGUAAUUAUUCUCAAUAUACACUUAAAUCAUUAUUUUCAACAAAAAGGAAUUAAUUAUCAAAUUAUGAAAUAUUUCUUAAGGAGGUUAAUGCAUCUCCCUUUAGUCUCUGCUUUAAGUGUGAUGUAAAUUUUUGCACUGUGUACACUGUAUAGAAUAUAUAAAGACCAGGGUCUAAAGUAACUGUUAUUCACACUUCACAGAAGCAUGUACUUCAGUGAGAGUAGAAGGUAGAUACUUGGAAUAAAUCUGAGUAGAUGGUGCUCUUCGAGGAUUUAAAAACCAGUAUUGAAAAAAAGGAGGACGGUAUUAUGAAAUGUUUCUUGUAUAUCAUGGUUUGGAAGUAUGUCCUUUGUAAAACCAGGCCCUUCAUUAAGGCAUUACCAAGUUAGAGGCAACUGGACCUUCUGUUUAUAGCUGUUAGAAAUGUGACAGGCCUAAAAAGACUUAAUCAUCAUCACAUGGGCCUGAUUUGUUUGAAAGGAUCUUGUUUUGCUCCUGUUUUGUAAACUUUUGUGACAAAAUGAUGUCAGACUAACUUUUGUCAGUGGACGGUCAGCCUGCCUACAUGGUCCAUACCUUGUCAUUAAUGUCAUUGUUUAUUUUCAUUGAAAUGUUCAUAGCUUCCCUGUUGUAUUUAAUGUAGAUCAAAUGAUAUGCACCACAUGGAAGUGGAGUAUAAGUGUUCAGUAGCCCACUGUCAUGAGUUGCCUGUGGUCAUAUUCUGUAGCAACACCUGAUGGGUGACUUCUUUCCUCACCUGCAAAAAUGCAUCUAGUAGGUGCCUGCCUUACAGCUUUGAAUAGGUUAUCCAAAAACAGCAACUCUGCAACACAUAUUUGUAUGCUUUUAUAAGGAAAUGGAUCAGGAAAAGAUGGUUUUAUAGACAGAUUUACAAAAACAGAUUCAAGCACUUCAUUUCUGACCAGGAAGAAGUAAAAUUCUUACUUCUUUUUCUCUUUUUUGAUGUUUGUGAUAAAGCCUGUGGAACAAGUGUUCAAAAAAAAUCAGUUUUCUUGCUGCAUGAAUAAAUCCAGUGUAAAGAGUAAUGGAAAGGCCACCUUCAUGAUGUUUUCUGCUUUUUGUAACCAGCUGUUUUGUUCAGUUACCAGGCAUGAAUGUUAAUUUAAUGGAAUGCAUCAAAUAAAUCUGAGCCACUGAUUCUUUCUGUAACCUAUUCAUAAAACUCAAUAAACGACAGGAUGGCA